AACGCGUCUGCCUUCAUCGGGCUCCCGCUGCAAUCGGCCAGACCCACUCUCCCAGCGGGCCAACCAGCAUUGGGUGUGUGCCCAGCUGCUACUGGAUCUUGGUGGCCAGGAACGACGGACAAUUUGAAAUCUACCUGCCCCUGGGUGUUUUCACGCAUCGGGGACUGGGGAGAAUCUUUUUACCCAAGGUAUGUUUAA